AGGCUCUAGGAAGUUUUUACUUUCUUCAUGAAUCUUUGAAAAACAUCUACCAGUUUGAUUUUAAAGCUAAGAAGUAUAAGAAGGUUACUGGGAAAGAAAUCUACUCAGACACUUUAGAAAGCACGCCCAUGCUGGAGAAAGAGAAGUUUCCACAGGACUAUUUCCCUGAGUGCAAGUGGUCCAGAAAAGGCUUCAUUCGAACACGGUGGUGUAUUACUGAUUGUGCCUUUGACUUGGUAAACAUUCAUCUUUUCCAUGAUGCUUCCAAUUUAAUUGCUUGGGAAACAAGCCCAUCGGUUUACUCAGGAAUACGGCAUAAGGCUCUUGGCUAUGUACUUGAUAGAAUUAUAGAUCAGCGGUUUGAGAAAGUUUCGUAUUUUGUCUUCGGAGAUUUCAACUUCAGACUGGAUGCCAAAGCAGUGGUAGAGACGCUAUGUGCAAAGGCUACGAUGCAGACUGUCCGGGCAGCUGACACAAAUGAAGUAGUCAAGCUAAUAUUUCGUGAAUCUGAUAAUGACCGAAAGGUUAUGCUACAAUUAGAAAAGAAGCUCUUUGACUACUUUAAUCAAGAUGUAUUUAGAGAUAACAAUGGCACUGCGCUUUUAGAAUUUGACAGAGAGCUGUCAGUCUUUAAAGACAGAUUGUAUGAACUGGACAUCUCAUUUCCUCCCAGUUACCCGUACAGCGAGGACUCCAGCCAGGGAAAGCAGUACAUGAAUACGAGGUGUCCAGCCUGGUGCGACAGAAUCCUGAUGUCCCACUCAGCCAAGGAGCUCAUUUUGAAAUCAGAAAACGAUGAGAAGAUCGUAAUAUAUGACCACAUUGGGCCAAAUGUCUGCAUGGGAGAUCACAAGCCUGUGUUCCUGUCCUUUCGAAUAGCUGCUGGGGCAGGUAAACCUAUUGCAAAUGUGCACAAGUGUUGUGUCGUGCAGUGAUGUGGUGGAAAAAGAUGCCUCCGAAGCGAGAAGAUUUUCCGUGAAACCACACUGUAGCGAGGAGCGGAAGGAGCGCGCGGUAUAACUGAAAUACAUAAU